CUUAUGGACUCUAUUCGGUGUAAAAAACCAUUUGCCGCUCCUCAAGGCGAACCUUGAUGCUGAUAACCGGCUACAAAAUGGAUGCAAAGACCCCAAACGGUAUGUAUAAUUUUUCUUCAGACGCAAGGGAAACGUUCUUUUCGUAAGGUUAACCGGCCGGUGAUGUAUAGCUUACAUAUAUUUUUGGAAGACUUUUUAGCUUUAUAUUUUUGCCUUAAAAUAAAUAUGAGCAAAGAUAACAACCGUGCAAUAAAAAAGUUACAAUCUAUGAUUCGAUUGGAGUUAUUAUAAAUGUCGUCGAUCUUUCAAUCAAGUGGCUUUGUGAAUAGAGAAAAUUGACAGAGAUUUUUGGGAUGAAUUUUUAUCUACUUUAAAUGAUUGAGAUACAUCAAAAGCCUUUUAAAAAAAAAAAAUGGAACAACACAAAAUUUUCACCUUGGAACCUUGAUGACAGAGUUACAAAUGGAAGCCAAUUUGCCGCGUGGCUUAAAUUUAAAACGGACUCUGUUUCAAAUUAUUUAUUGUAAAAAGCUCUCGCCUUUGAGAUAUGUUUAUUGUUAUUGUUAUUGAAUGCUACGGCUUCACGGUUUUGUAUUUCAAAUUUCCUGCCAGCGCUAACGGGGACUAGGGCUAGUCAAGUUCAGACGGUCCUUCUUCCCUUGUUCUUUGGCCGGAAGCCCGUCCGGCCAUUCGUUGAGUUUUCGCUGUUUUUCCCUCCCCCAUCUGAUCGCAGAUUAACACCAAUCUUGUUUCCAGAACCCGCGAUUGCUUAAGGAGGACGAGUGAUGCGGGAGGUGGAGGUUGAUGCUAGAAUAAUGGGACACUGCGAACAGAUCAGGCGAUGUGAAAAGCCCGGGGGGGGUACUCCCAUACAUUACCUAUACGGGUAUGUGCCGCCCAACGGGGUCGUGAUUUUAAAGCUCCUGAUUUAGAAAGGGGUAUCCAUUUCAGAGGCGUUUUCUAGAACGGGGUAUAAUAUUUCGAACGCAUGAAAGCUCCAGUUUUGUAAGCAACCAUUUGAAAUUAUUCAAGGACAAAUUGCUUUUAAAAAUACGGCUCAAUGCGUUACUGAAGCAAACUGAUUUCUAGAACGGGUAUCAGUUUUAGGGCGAAUUCUAGAACGGGGGUAUAAAAAUUGGCCCAUUUCUAGAACGGGGUAUCAAUUUUAGGGGAAUUUUUUUUUAGAACGGGGUGCCAAUUUGGAGUCCCGGGCGGCACAUACCCACCCAAAAAAUACCCCAGUGCCCCCCCCGGGGUGAAAAGUCGCUUUAAAAAGUACAUAGAAAACUGAGGAGAUACGAGAAAUUGGUUCGCUAAGUGGGAAUUAUAUACUCUUUUAUGGAUCCACGCCGUAAUGCGACCAAAGGAACGAAUUACUCGCUUCAGGGUAAACAAGACGUUUGUUAAGAUUAGUUCUGAUUUUAUCCGUUAGUCAAUUGCAGCUGUGCCUUUCUUUUCCUGAGAAACUGAGGGGACGGUACGCCUUGUCAGCCUCACGGGUCGGGUGUUCGGCCUUCCCCGAGGCUAUCCCGGCUUACUUUAGGCCGUCUGACACACGUGGUUUCGGAAAUACAAGCAUGGAGGAUUUUAUAGGAAAGGACUAGCACUUAGACGCAGAUUGGCAUUUUCCGUCAAUUACUGGACGAACUUGGAGAGGUUUUUUUAAGGUAACCUCUGCAGUGUUGAUUGGUGACGAUUUCUGAGGCCGACAGGAGCUCGUCAGGGGGAUCAUUUGCAUCCCCACCACAGGGUAUUUGCAAGCUUAGGUGUCCUUAACCCACUGGAAAAAAAAUGACUCGGAGAUUAAACUUGGGCAGAAGGUGCACAGUUAAAAUUGAACGAUGCAUUAGGGUGAAAGUUUGUAUUUAAUAGUCAUGUGAUAACGGGCCGUCCCUUUACACAGGUGAACAGCAUCGACGACGGAGAAGUAGCGGUGCACAUCCUGCUUCGGGUAAGUUGGGACACCUGUGCAACAGGAAUUAAACUUUUGGAGCCGUUGUCGAUUUCCUCGAAAAAUCUUGUUUUGGCAUCAGAGGCACCCAACGACAAUUUUCGGAAAAAUAUCUGUUCGGAAGACGAUUUGAGAUCUAGAAUUUUCGGAACAUUUGUUGUAAAAUUUCUUGCUUGCAUGCCUCUCCUAGGAUUUUCGAACAUAUAAAAGAUGGUAUACUUGCCCAUUUUUAACUCAUUUUUACCUUAAAAAGUUCACCUAGAAUUUUCGGGAGCCUAUUUAUUUUCUGGCUAAAAUUUUCGAAAAGGUAAGGUUUGAUCCCUAUAAUUUUCGGAUCACUAGACUGUCAGCUAGAAAAUCUGAACAGAUGAAAAAUUUUUAGGGUAUAAAGAUAUGCCUAUAUCUACCGUUUAAAUACUAAAAUACAUUCAACAAUGCUAUGUUUAAGUGGUUUUGAACUAUACUCUCGUUGGGUGCCCCUGUGGCAUUGUCGCUCCGGGUUACUCAGUUAAGUGAACCUAUGACCAAUCAACGAUGUGUCAUGCUUGCACGUACGGCUACGAGUUUUUCAUUUAGACUGGGUUGGAAUUGCAAUACAACAUGCACAAUAAAUGACAAUAAUUUGCGGGAUUACUAGUCUACUCUUUCCAAAUCCGAGUUUGUCGCGGAUUAACCUCCAGAAAUCUGACCUUCUGGACUGCAAUGAACUGACACUAGUUUUCAGUUUUUACUUUAUUGUACUUAUAUAGUGUAUCAUUUAAUCUAGGUCCGACCGGUCAAGGAGAUCAGCGACGUUCAUCAGUGAGCACUCGAGGUCAAGACGAGAAACGACGCUCUUCUGUUCUCAAUCGAACUCAUGAAGAGCAGCGGCGUUCAUCAGCUGGCAGCCGACCCGGUCACGAAGAUCAGCGACGUUUAUCAGCGGUUAGCGCACGUGGUCAAGACGAACAACGUCGCUCGUCCGUGGUCAACCGAACUCAAGAAGAUCAACGGCGUCCGUCAGCUGGCAGCCGAAUCAGCUACGAAGAACAAACCACGAGACGCAGAUCCGAAGGCAAGUGCUACGCGCAUGCACGAAACAAGGGGUCUUUGACUCGAAUAAACGCGCACUUAUAGGUUGGCAUUUUAUCCUUCUCUUUAAUUAUGAAAGAGGUAUAGCUGUUCUUGUCUUCUCACGUUAAUUUAGGUUGGUGAUUACCAUUUCUAGAAGCAAAAAGCUUUUUUGAAAACACUCACUCGCCUUAAGCGGUGAUUAAAAAAUGACAGAGGUACUUAUUAAAACGCUGAUUAUUUAACUAUGUACCGAGACACGAAAAUAUUUUUGAAAAAACGAGAAAAGUUAACGUCGUUUCCAGAGCUGAAGCGGUUUUUCUUCAUCUUUUUAAAACAAAAUUGUACCAAGAUCGAUAAUUUUGUUUUCAUGGGGUUUUAGCUCUCUGAUUCAAAAUCAAACAUCAUAGUGACAAAGCCUGAAAGCCAUCGAAUUCUCAUUGGCUUUUCAGUAAAUCAGGUAAAUCUCUUUCAAACAAAACGACAAGUUGUCAGAAUAAUGUUCCGGAGCAACUGAAUUUAAACCUCCGCCGGCGUCUUGCUGCACAGUAUUAGAUAACAGAAAAUGCUUGAUUAAAUCAAAAUAAUUUCCUUGAUUCGCAAAUGUCAAACUUGUGGCACUCAUUAUGUAAAGAGGUCUUUUUAACCUCGAAUACCUAAUACUUAUUCAAAAAAGCAAACGUAUAUUAACCAAGCACUCGCCAUGUCGGCGGAGCGUAGAGGAAAUGUUCCAGCCUCAGCAAAGCAUUCUCGGUCAUCGCGCAACGAAGGGCGCCAUCAAACUAACCGUGAAAAGUCUAAAAAGAAAUCUAAGCCUGAAAAAUAUGCGACGAAUGGACGUAAGUAUUUAAAAAAAAAACAAGGUUGCAAUUUGUACUAAAUUGAAUCAUUGAAACUUUUGGAUGGUGAUCAUUUGUUCCAGGAUAGCUACGCCUAGAGGCAAACACGAAGAGAGCUCGAUAUAUCAAAAUAUAAACAUAUAUUUCACAGAAAAUACUUCUAAAUAUUAAUUAAGAAAGAAAGGAGACAAAAAAGCGUAAAAAAACAAAUAUUAUAUCGCUUUCCUCUAAUAAGUGCAAUCCAUAUGCAUUUGAUAAUGUCUCGCAUAACUCUUUUAAAAUAGACGGGUUGUCUCAUUGUGGUCUUUCUAAAACCUCUUUUACCAACUCGAAAACUAUUUACUAACGAAUGGGAAGUAUUAGCUUUGAAAAUCAGAUAGAUACAGGAUGCCACAUAAUAUUACCAUUGCUAAUGCCAAUUCUAUGUCAAUUUACUUUUGAGGAGAUCAAGCAUACAUUGAUCGAUUUACAGCUGCCUUCCUCUGUUUCAGUAAAACUUUUCAUGGUGCACUCUUUAUUCUGUUAACCGUAGACACAAUCUUCUUAUAUUUUUUUUUUAAAGAAAUCCCUCUGUUAUAAAAGAUAAAAUUAAAUACUUUAGGCUUGUUAAAACAAUAUGAAUCACACACUGAAUCCAGAAACGACUGGUGAUUCAAACCCUGCGAGUGGAAAAUCAGUAAUUCAUUACAAAUAGCGAUUGUCUUAAACCAGAAACUCUUAGCGAUUGAAACGUGUAACUCGCUUUCAAUGCUCGUAAGUAUUCAUUUUUUCUAAGUAACAUAUUUGGAAACCCUCGCUGCGGCCUCAAAAAAGCAAGGCUUUAUAACAACAACGUUGCAAGUUCAUCAUCUGGUUCAUCACGCAAUACGAUAUGAAAGUGCCGUUUUGUUGGGGAUGAAAACACAAGAGGACGACUUUCUUUUUCUUUUCCUGGACUUCAAUGUCUUUAGAAUUCAUUAUCCAGAAAAAAUUGCUAACAUUUUACGAACUGAACGAGAUGGAAUAUAAAGGAGAUAAAGUUUGAAGCAGCGCGAAUACACCUUUUAAGUGACGUCAGUUGUAGCCGUCGCCACCGUUCCCUCCAGGGAGCGGGGAGUAAUAUUACGUCACCUCUUUCAGAAAGUUUGAUUGGUCCAUCUUUUCUUCUCUUUCCAAAUACAGUAUUUACUUGCGAAAAUGAAAAUAAACGAGCAUUUACCUGAUGAGAUCAGGCUCAAUUUUCGUUUCGCUUGGUAAAUAAAAUUCUGGCGGGAAAGGCGAAACGAAAACAAAGUUAAGGCCCAGAUUUAGCGCGACCACGUAAACGAUGAUACCCAGUAAAAAAAAUACGGCAUUACUUCACCCGUAAGCCUAAUGAGUAGAAAACUGGCCAUGGGUCGGGAAAAUAGUAGGAGCGUCGUGUAACUAGUUUAAGAAUCUAGACGCAAUUCUGGCUGUCGUUUGCUUUGAAUGCGAUGGUCUGAGAAAGAGUAUCGCAUUUUCUAAGCUCCGCGACCAGAUCAGUUACGGACGUAUCUAAACACAAGAGAAGAAAUCUUGGUUAUAUGUUCUAUUCUGAGUCCCUCUGUUCUUAUCAGCAUCUGAUUAGGGUUUUUAACGCUAAGCAAAAGGAAUUAAUGUCAUUUCGCGUUUGUUGACGAAACUGUUAUCUACCGCAAAACUAUUCCCCGCUGCUUUAGUUCUAGUAUCUACAAUGGAUUCAAUUAAAGCAAUGAUCUGACAGGCAAUCGCAGGAGUAAAAUCUUUCUUCUAGUAGCUAGUGACAUAAUAUGAUUUUUCACUUCAAUGAGUUCUUUCUUUCAAACAUCAUUUUCUAAUAGUCCCUUCUAUACAGCACGGUGAUCAGUACGGGCGUCUUCUUCUUAGAGCACGAGGAUAGGCUGGGCGCGUAGGCGAACUUUGUGAUAAACUGCUGUUCGUGGGUUACCUGUGGCAUAGCACUUUUGUCUUGUGGUCUUGAUGUUAGAUCCUAAUUUUUAAGCAUAGUAUAGGAAUAGAAGAUAGAUUUUCAUCCAAGGAAGUUAUCAUAUCAAAUAAUCUUAUAUCCAAUAAUUAAAACCGAACACAAAAUAUUGAUAGAUUUUUCCCGAUUUCGUCUUGGAAGCGGAAAGAACACAAGACAAUUUCAUGGUUUGAUUGCGGUUUUUUCUUGUCGGUCUAGGUAUAAUGGCCUGUUAUCAGUGAUUAUAGUCACAGCUCUAGAAUGGAAUCAGUUAUGGCUAGGUGAUCAAGUUAUUCAACUUAUAAAAAAUAAGUGCGUGCGACACUUGAAAAAACAUUUACAACUUAAGUCUUUUUCUGGACAAUUUUCUCUGUUCCUUUUUUUUGCAAGUAACCAUGGUAACCAUGUUAGCCAGACCCUGACUCUAUUUUGGAGGCACUAGUAAUUAACCUGGAUUAACCGGCGUUUUAUUUCAAUUGUCGGUUUGCUAUUCACAGCCACGGAUGGCCGGGACCGAGAAUUUGAACACUUUUUACACACGUUUAUUACACAACGCUAGACAGUCAACUAAAAGUGACAGAGAAACAACGAGAGACGGGGAGGGGGUUUGAAAGGUAACCGAGGUAACGGGUUAAUUAUGCGCGUAGCGAAUAACAAAGCAGUACAACUACGCGAGCUAUGGCGUAGACGGAGUUGUUUUGUUUGGUCAUUGUUCGAUUGACUAAACUUUUUGGGCUCAUGUAAAGAGGAUUGUUAAUAUUUUUUGUGUUUACCCUUGAUUUUUGAAGCUUAAUGUCGAGACAUUUUCACAUUUAAUUAUUAAAAAUUUGUUGUUCAAUUUGGCCGCUGUGGAGCCAAGGUUUAGUAAAACAUCAAUAUUUAAAAGCUCUAUUUCGAACCAUCGACGGUCAGUAGAAUUCUAUUGUUGAUGUUCUUGUUCAUUAAUCAACUGAAGUCAUGCCACGAACAACCCUUCAGAGCUCCGUCUUGACAGAACCCGUGGACAUUCCUAGGCACUAUAGGAAAAGAGGUAUCUUAAAUACUUUCCUAUUUUAACCCUAACCUUUCAAUGCAAACUGAAUCGAACUCUAAUUCAGAACGAUGUGAAUGCCUUAUUAUUGUUUUUGUAAAGCGAUGCAAGUAGUUUUACUAACUAGGAUCAAUUUGAUACCGCUAUUGCGGUCGUUUCCAACAAACAAAACUCGAGUCUAGACUUACACAGUCCGAGCUAAAAAAGUGGAAUAAAAACUUUUUCUUUAGUUAGCACAUUUUAUUUUUAACUUCCCUUAAAUUUACCGAAAAUUGCAAGCUUUAAUUUUAAUUUUAAUUUUUUUUUGAAAAAAGAGAACAAAUGUGACAGGUGUUAGCUCAAUUACACGGACCAGACCACGUGAUCAGAAGAAGCGACGGGCUCUGGGUACGAGUCACUGGCGCUGAUCUAUGGAUAGUCUCCCUCGCAGCCGUUUUUUGAAUGUCACGCAACGCUCCCCGAAAAGAACGGCUGCUGACAUCCGAUCCGAACUACAUUCCUUUCUCAUUGUCCUUGCGGUUUGUUUGCGGGGAGCGUUGCGUGACAUCCAAAAACGGCUGCGAGGGAGACUAAUCUAUGGAGUGCGUAUACCAAACUUUAAAAACUCAGGGACUUAAAAAAAUAUAAAGAUGAAGGCCCUGCGUUGUUACUGUCUUUCUCGCACUCAGUAGUCCGGAAAUACGUCUGUGUUCACGGGCUAUAGUCACAACGGCGCGAGUUCCGCUUAGUUGAUGGGUGAGGACAAAACAAGGACCAGGGGUCCAUGGACCCCCUCUUUGGAUCGAGUCCAUGGACCCCCUGUCAUGGACCGGGUCCAUGGACAGUUUUUUUUAAUAAUGAGAAAUGAACAAAAACAGAAAUAGUGCAAAAAUAAGGUUAAAAACAACGACAACAACAAACAAUGCUCGAAUGAUCAGUAAUGUUUAAUUGUGCUUACAUAGUGUUAAAAAAGGCGUGGGGGGGGAUGGCGUCGGUAGCCUAAAACGUGACACUUUGAUCUUGUUGGAAAGAUUUACUUUUUUUACCAGGCGUUCCUUACACUCGCCCCAAUCUUCUCCAUUUUUUUCUUUUUCCAGAUCGAAGGAAGAAAGAGAUCGCUUACCUCGGGAUGUUUAAAGCAAAAGUUCUUGUGUUAGGGCCUUGUGAGGUAAAUUUCUUAGAUUAAUCAACUAAAUAUGUGUUCUAGAUCGCUAUGGAGAGUUUCAAAAAUAUGUUAGGGCUGUCAACUUUGAGAUGUGGCGAGAUGCUAUGUUUUUCCAUUCGAAUGAGUCUGUCUUCUUUACUGUUAAUAUUUUUUUUGCUUUCCACAGAGCGGGAAAACCGUAAUUUCAAAUUUCCUCUCUGACGCUACCGAGACUUCAGGAGGAGAGUACCAUCCAACACAAGGUGUCAGGUAGUUUUAAGAGAUAUAUUUGAUGUAGAUGAUGCACAUUUUAAUGCGAAAUUUCAAUAUAUGGCAACCGGGAAUGUUUAUAAGCAGUGGAACUUAGAGACCAAGUAUUUUGCAAUUUAUACUUUGCAUUUCUUUAUCAACUUAAUGAGAAAUCAAAUUAAUCAGGUUUUGUUUACGAAUCUGUUGAGAUUUGCGGCCUCAAAAAUUGAUCAUGAAUCAAAAUGUAUGAAUAAGUUAUUUUAGUUAAGUUUACAUGUAGCACUAUAAUGGUUGUAUAGCCAGCUGUAAGUUAUCUCUUGUCUCUGAACUUGUGACAACCCGUCCUUGAGUGCAGAAUAAACUCAGGUUUUUAUCGCUGGAUUUUCGUGAGGUAAUUGUUGAUAUUGCCAGUCUUCAUUAUUUGUGUGUCUAUAGGCUAAAUUGUCAGUGACAUUUCAUCUGAUGUGGUUCAAAUAAGCCUCCGACCUACCUGUUGCCAGUAACACUCGGAUACCAUUACCCUGAACAAGGAUCUUAGCCGUGCUUUGCUGAUGUUGCUAACUGAGUUUAAAUUAUGUCUGUGAAGCAGGCUAAACUGGGAGAAGCAUACAAAUUUUAUCCAACUAAUGUUGGCUUAAAAGAAUAAAUCUGUCAUGGCAGGAAAGGAGAGGUUUUGGGACAAGUGCCAUAAUUUGUGUUGCUUAUGGUUAUAUGGGAUAUGCCCUCACUGGAAAUAGCACUUACAUAAGCAUAAGUAUAUAAGCAGACAGGAACGCAAGGUUUUGCUAUUCUUGUGUUUCCGCUUAAAGUCGCUUUAGCAACAGCUACCUGUUUACUAGCACAAUAUCAUCCGAUGCAUGUGUUGCUAGAAGGACUGUAUUUAUUUAUUUUGUAUCAUUAUCUUCCCAACAGAAUACUAGAAUUUGAAUGCAAUGGGAUAGAAAUAUCACCUGGCAAAACAGCCAAUUGUGAAGUGGAGUUAUGGGACUGCAGUGGAAAUCAUAAGUAAGUGUGAACUGACCUUGAUGCCAUUGCCUGAGUUGUCCAAGUCUAAGUUUGGUGUUAAUUGGACCAAUAUUGAACAAGAUCCAGCCAUUCAAAGACUUAAAAUUUUAUUAAGAAAUUUAUGGAUUGUGGGACACAUAGUCUAGAUAUCUUUUUCAUUAUUAAUUUUUGGACUUUUUGAUUGGCUGUAUCUUCAUUCUUGUUAAAUAAGCGGCUUCACCUGCAAAAUAAUAUUCCAUCCCAAUUUCCUGUCCCCAAAUUGCCAACGAUGCUAUUUUUCUAAAGUGUCCUAGAUUUUUGUGAUGGUUGGUGAUCAUUACUGCAUUACUGUUAAGGAUGUUUGCAAUCAGUUAGCAAUAGUUAAAUUGCUUGAUACAGAUUCUCUAAUUGCUUGACUCCAGUCAUUCUCCAUGAAUUAAAGUGACAUUUACACUCAAGGUUGUGCUCUAGGAAAGAAUGAAGUGAGCGGAAUGAAGGGAGCCCAGUACUUCUGAACUUGAGAAAUCUAGGGUGCCCAGCAUAUGAUUCAUAUAAAAAACCCCAGAUUUUCUAGUGGCCUUUUUUCAAAGGGCAAAAUUAAGACUCCUGGGGUCAACAGGGGCUGUAAAAUCACAGCCUUAACACUGUAGGACUAAAUGUACUAUUUUCAUAACAUAACCACCGCCUGGUUAGCUCAAUUGGAUAAGUGACGGUUUGCCAAGCAGGAGGUCACAGGUUCAUACCCCAGCCGGGCCAACACCCAGGGUCUUGAAAUAACUGACCCCAGUAGUGUGGUACAACCUUUCAUGGGCAGGGUGGGUAAUGAAGGGGUUGAUAUCAAAUUGGACGCUAGUCCUUUUUCAUCCCCUGUUACCAUUUUGAGUCACUGUGGCGAAUUCAAUAAAGUAUAAAGUAUAAAUAAAGUAUAAAGUAUAAAGUAUAUGCUGGGAAAACAAAGAAUUCCCCAGUCAUCUGGGCCCAGUUGUUCGAAGGCUGAUUAGCGCUUAACCCAGGUUUCUUUUUCUUUUGUUCAAAAGAAUUUUCUCGGACAAUUUUGUGUGAUUUUCAUAGAGCAUCGAAUCAUCAACUUGUUGACAAAAAGAAUUAAACUGAAUUUACUUUAUAAGCUUUCAUAUUUGAAUUCAAAUUUUGAACAACCCGGCCAUGUGUUUUUGCAAACAUUGUAAAACUGUGGCUUGAAUCACCUGAUCAAAUCAAAACUUAGCUAGUAAAAAAAUAAUAUAGAAAAUAAAUAAAGAGCUCUUUGACUGUGAUGUUUUUACCUUUUGUAGAUUUUCUACCUGCUGGCCAGCUUUCCAAAAGGAUGCAAAUGGAGUUGUAAUUGUCUACAAUCCAGAUGAAGCAAACCAUGAUAAGGAACUGGAAACAUGGUAUGAAAGACAUAAGCUUCUUUCAUUUUAUCAUAAAUGUAGUGAUUGUUGUCGAGUGAUACAUGUAAUAAAUAAUAAAGAGGAUGUUUCACUGUCUAAAGGUAGAUUUGGUUUCCUCUGCAUCAUUCAAUAGAGUUUACUUCAAUAAGUAACUCAUACAGCCUCAUGUUUCACCUGCAAAGUUUACUUAUAAUCUGCACAAAUAUACUUCCAAGAUAAAAGUGGGGCUUCUAGUAACACAAACCACAUGUGUAUUUGAAUGAAAAUCUUCAGAUCAUUAAAAAGCUGAUUCAAAUAACUGGUAAUUAUUACCAGUUAUUUGAUUCAGCUUUUCUGUGAUCUGAAGAUCUAUGUGAUGAAGGAAAAUGUUACUAGCUGAGGCAGAUAACGCUUAUCAAGAUCUGCAUAAUAAUUCUUCAGAUCAUGCAAAAGCCUCAUCCAAUAAUAUUGCUAAUUUAUUGCUCAAAUUUGUUCAAAAUUAAGGAUACAAAUUAAGGAUACAAAGGGAUGUUUGGUCUACAGUGUAGCAGAUAAUCUUCAAAUAGCAGUUGUCAUCCGUGUUAGGUGUACUUUUGCUGUUCUUGCUUUGUUUUUAGGCAGAAGUUCCGCAAUUUCUUCAUACCCAAAGAGUGUGAAAUCUUCUUUCAUUUUCUCCAGCUCUUAGUCAUACUGACAAACCACUAACAUUCUGCCAACAUUUAACAUUUUUCCAGUAAAAGGCAGAAUACAAUCUGAGUGGAUAAAGUAUUAUGACUCAGUGCUGUUUUCACCUGAUUUUUUUUAACUUUCUAGCAUAUGAAUUUAAAUAAGUAUUUUUGACUUAUGGACUUGCGUGCAAGUAAACCAAGGAGAAAAAAAGCUAGAAUUUUUAUCUUUGGAAAAAAUUGUUUAUAAAUUAAUCUUUUCAGUCAGUUUCAUUCAUUAGUUAUUGUACUUCUUUAUUGUUUCUAGGUACGGUCAGUUUGUUCAGGGACAAAACCUCAAAGAUUCUCAAUGUAUAGUGUUUGCUCAUCAUCGACCUUCAGCUGCUGAUUUGACCAGAACACAACUUCGUAAGUUUAUUAUAGUAACUGUAUGCAGUGUUGUGCAGGGUGGCAAAUAGAGGGUGAUCAACAAAAAUAUAAAAUAGCUGCUUGCGCAGUCUCCAUGGGUAUGUAGAAAAGGCAGCUGCUUGUAUCUCGCUCAGCCAUCUGUGUUUCUAUAAACUCAGUAGCUUUUGUUGGAUAUGCGAUGAAUCUUUGCUUGUGUUUUGAGCUCUCUGUUAGCUCGCUUGGAAGGUGUUCGAAAGGGAGGGGAGAGAGGGGAACAUUAGAUGCACAGGAGAGGGGAAGGUGUGAAGGGACAGAUAGGAGGGGUUCUCACAUGCCCAAUUUUUGAGACUGCACGAAAAAAACUCGUAGUCGUCCUCGUUUCUAAUCUAAUGCCUUGGUUCUCUCCUCAGCCUCAUCGCUAUCCAGAGUAACAUGUGUUCAGACAAACCUUGAUGAAGAACCAGAAGCAGUGAGGGACGAAUUUCACAAUUUUCUGGCUAAAGUGAUCAGUAAUUGGACUGAUAAACGAGACCAGGAAGAACUGAGUAUAAUGAACACAUGAUACGGCUUUGAUACAACUGUGAUUCACUGUUUGGCCCGGAUUGUUGAACUGCAUCUCUUAUGUACAAGAUUUUUACGUUUAGAAAGCAAGCACAGAAAUGCAGUGACUUUUCAUCAUCAUCAUCACCAUCAUCGUCGUCGUCGUCAUCACUUCUCUCUUGGUACAUGGGUAAAGAAAAACUGAGACAUAAGGAAUAGUCACUGGAAAAGUAGCCUGUGUAUGGCUGCAUAAACCUCUCGAUUAACCCAAACAAAAUUAGAUUUUCUGUAGUGGGGAGAAUGGCUAUUGUUCGGCACUUCAAUUCUCGUUCGUUGCAACUCUUGUGAAAUUAGUG